UAAAAAUAGCCCCGGUGUGGGGAUCCGUGCGCGGCGGUCCCGGCGAGUCCCGGGCUGAGGGAGGGAGGCGUCUCCGGGCGACGCGGUGCUGGCGGCGGGUCCUGGCUGCGGCGUGUGCACGCCUGCCCGCGGCUUGGGGACACGUUGGAAGCCCCUUGAUUACAUCUUGUGGAGUAUGCCAAAGCUGGACGUCUGCUCAGUUAGUCAGACGCGUAUCAUCUCAUGCAGCACAUCCCAGAUGCACACAGGGAUAGACGGAGAUGCUGCCCUCAUCACUGUGUACUUGUAACAAGGAACCCGCACGGAGUCGCAUUUUGUGAAAAAGUCACAAAGAAGAAGUUUCUUCAAGGAUCCUAUCUAAGUGCACUUUUUGUUGAUACGUCGUUUCUAAUCUUACAGAGAAUUUCAGCGGUAGCCCUGGGACGAGAAGCUGCAGUAACAGAAGCCGUGUAUGAUGCAUUAGGCUAUUGAAGAAAAGUAAUUUUUGAAUUAAAUAUUUGGAAUAGAAGGGAGGAAAGGUGACCGAAAAUGGGGCGGAAGAAAAUACAAAUCACACGCAUAAUGGAUGAAAGGAACCGACAGGUCACCUUUACGAAGAGGAAGUUCGGGCUGAUGAAGAAGGCCUACGAGCUCAGCGUGCUCUGCGACUGUGAGAUCGCGCUCAUCAUCUUCAACAGCUCCAACAAGCUGUUCCAGUACGCCAGCACCGACAUGGACAAGGUGCUGCUCAAGUACACCGAGUACAACGAGCCGCACGAGAGCCGGACCAACGCGGACAUUGUCGAGGCUCUGAACAAGAAGGAGCACCGAGGGUGCGACAGCCCAGACCCCGAUACUCCCUAUGUGCUAACGCCACACACAGAAGAGAAGUAUAAAAAAAUUAAUGAGGAAUUUGAUAAUAUGAUGCGGAAUCAUAAAAUCGCACCGGGGCUGCCGCCUCAGAACUUCUCCAUGUCCGUCACGGUCCCCGUGAGCAGCCCGGGCGCGCUGUCCUACACCAGCCCCGGGAGCGGCCUGGUGUCCCCGGCCUUGGCCGCCGGCUCCGCGUUGGCGGACUCGGGCAUGCUCUCCCCGCCGCAGGCCGCGCUGCACAGGACCGUGUCCCCCGGCGCCCCGCCGCGGCCGCCCAGCACUGGCAGUGCGGGUGGGAUGCUGAGCUCCUCGGACCUCACGGUGCCCAAUGGAGCCGGGAGCAGCCCCGUCGGGAAUGGCUUUGUAAACUCAAGAGCUUCUCCAAAUUUAAUUGGAACUACGGGUGCGAAUAGCUUAGGCAGAGUUAUGCCUACAAAGUCUCCCCCCCCUCCAGGUGGCGGCAAUCUUGGCAUGAACAGUCGAAAACCAGACCUUCGCGUCGUCAUCCCUCCGUCCAGCAAGGGCAUGAUGCCUCCCCUGUCGGAAGAGGAGUUGGAGCUGAGCGCCCAGCGGAUCAGCAGCUCGCAGGCCUCGCAGCCCCUCGCCACCCCCGUGGUGUCCGUGACGACGCCCAGCCUGCCCCCGCAGGGGCUUGUGUACUCGGCCAUGCCCACUGCCUACAACACAGAUUACUCGCUGACCAGCGCGGACCUGUCGGCCCUGCAGGGCUUCAACUCGCCGGGCAUGCUGUCGCUGGGCCCGGUGUCCGCCUGGCAGCAGCACCACCUGGGCCAGGCCGCCCUCAGCUCCCUGGUGUCCGGCGCGCAGCUGUCUCAGGGUUCCAGCCUCUCCAUCGCCAACCAGAGCGUCAGCGUCAAGUCGGAGCCCGUCUCCCCCCCUCGGGACCGCGUGACCCCGUCGGGCUUCCAGCAGCAGCCGCCGCCGCCCGCCCAGCCCGCCCAGCCCCCCCAGCCGCGGCAGGAAGUGGGGCGCUCCCCCGUGGACAGCCUGAGCAGCUCCAGCAGCUCCUACGACGGCAGCGACCGGGAGGACCCGCGGGGGGACUUCCACUCCCCGGUGGUGCUGGGCCGGCCCCCCAACACCGAGGACCGAGAAAGCCCGUCGGUGAAGCGCAUGCGGAUGGACACGUGGGUGACCUAGGCCCGCGGCCGGCGAGUGUGACCGCAGCCACCGCCCGCGCCGCGGGGGUCGGGACCGAGGUAACGCUAUUUAUAUGUACAUACCGACAGGCCCGUCCGCCGCCUGUGUGUGUGUGUGUGUGUGAGUGUGAGUGUGUGGCUGUGCGUUGCCGACAGACCCGCCCUUCCCUGCCGACGCCUCCGCCUGCAGACGUGGUCCGUGCGCCGCGGGCGGGCGGGCGGCCGGGCUCCGUGUUUCCGGAGACAGUUUCGCAGAGAAACGCGCGCCCGUCGGCAGCCCUCUCGCCGGGGCCCGAGAAACGCUUCGUAGACAGAGCAGCGCAGGCACCAGAAAGCAAUACUGUACAUAGCGUCACCCUGCUCCCCGCAUGGGCUCUGCGAGGGGUGCAUGGGGGGCUGUCCAGACAAACCCCACGCCUCACCGUGUUGCACGCGCAAGUGUAUCGGGUCAGAGAAGUGAUCUUAGCCAAUAAGAGAGACUAGACACGCAUGAGACCUGCCGAAAACCCUAAUAGAUAGAGCAUUCACGGAGCAAAGUAAUAUAUUAAGUUAUGAUUGGACUGUGUCGGAAGUUUCUUUACAGUCGUAUCUUAAAAAUUAAAGAAACGGAUUUUAGCUCAUGUAUAUUUUAUAUGAAAGAAAACACCCUUAUGAAUUGAUGACUAUAUAUAAAAUUAUAUUCACUACUUUUGAAAACAUCCUGCUAUGAAUUAUUUAUAUAAGCCAAAGCUGUAUGUUUUAAUUUUUUUUUUUUUUUUUUUUUUUUGAGAAUAGCUUUAUCUUGUUUUAACUUUUUAGUUUUAUUCUAAGAGGGAAAAUACCUUGCAAGCAGAACCUUGGGGGGAAAAAAGCCAUGAACACUUAUUAUUCUAUAUAUAAAUUAAAAGUUGAGCCAAACUUUCUGUACAUAGCAUCUUAAAUAUAUUAUCACCUUCGAUGUAAGUACCUAUGUAUUGUAUGGUCACCAGAUUAAAAAGUAUAUUUUUGUGGCUUUGCCGCCAAUUUGGGGGACAAGGCGAGAUCCGUAAGUAGAGUACUCACUGUUGAGUACUCCCUAUUUUGUUAAAUAUACUGUACUUUGGGUUCUAAUUAUUGGCCCAGUCUCUGCGGGCCUGUGCGCGGGUCCUCCCGGUGGUGAGUGUGUGCUGUUGCAUUGUAAUCCGUGUGCUGUAUGGGUUGAGCAGCAUUCUAUAUUUUAUAUGUGUACAUAAAUAGCAAAGUGGCAAAAGUGGUGUUAAGUUCAUCCUGCAUAAAUGGAAAAUUUGUAACGGAUUUUACAAGGCAUUCUUUAAAAAUAUAGAAAAUGCUGACCUGAUUGACAGAGA